AUGCCAAGCUCCGCCUCGACUGCGCAUGCGCUGCGAGACUCGACGUCGAAUUUGAAUAUGUCGGCAUCGAAGACGCUCCAGCGGCUAGGACUGAGGCGCAACCCGUUCGUGGACCGCACGGGCGAGCGCACAGGGCUGGACCCGUCCAGCUUGUACGUGCACAGCGACCUCCAAGACUUCCACCCGAAUGAGAUGACCUACCUCUUCUUCGGGCGCCGCGGCGCGGGCAAGACGACGAUCCGGCUGCAAUUGGAGAAGGCAUAUGCUGAAGCCAACGAACAGCUCGUCGGAUCCGGGAAGUCGCUCGGGCACUUCAUCGUGGACCUGACCAAGCCCGGCGCCCUCAACUCGCGGCUCAUAGACUUCCGCAAGAACAUCGGCUGCCCCGAGGAUGCCUGGGACCAGCGCUUCAGCGAGACGUGGACGGAGGUCGACCUCGUGGACACCAUCCUGUCAGUCGCGGCCACGCAGCUGUUGCAGACCAUCACCGCGCAGGGGCCGAGCGGCAACGCGGAGGUGGCCGCGGCGAUGGCGCAGCGGCUGCGCUCGCACCCGCAGCGGGCGCGCCAGGCCGUGCUGCUCUGCGUGAUGUACGCGCAGGGCGACUCGCGCAGCCUGCAGCGGCUCGAGGAGAUGCUCUUGCAGCCGCGGUGGGGCGCGGAGAAGUUGACGUUGACGGCCGGGCUGGCCGCGGGCGUCGGGCUCGCGUCGAUGGCGGCCAAGCACGGCCUCGGACCCGUCCGCGACGGGCUCGCGCGCUUCGCGGACGCCGUGCACCUCCCACACACGCGCGCCGCAGUGGCGUGCGGGGCCGCGGCGGCGGCGGUCGGCGCCGGCGCGUGGAUGUGGUCGUCGUCGAAGCGGCCCUACGCCCGCGCCGCGGAGAUGCUCGCGCCCAUCCGCAUCCUGCAGGGGCGCCCCCCCAAGGUCCUUGCGGGCCUGCUCGAACCCCUCUUCCCACGCCAGGACUCCGCCAGCACCAUCAGGUCGCUCUACAUCGGCACGUCGACCAGCGCCAAGCUCGACCUCCUGUCGGGGCUGGUCAAGCACGUGGGCUACGAGUCCCUGGCGGUGUUCGGGGACUGUUUCGACGAAGUCCCCCUCCUCGACCCUGUGCUGUACCCCUCCGCCAUGAAGACGUUCGCCCGCGAGGUCUGCCGCAACGACCUGCUGUCAGUCGGACGCCAGCACUGGUUUUUCCCUGACUCGAGGCUGGCGCUGGACCUGAGCACCGACAAGACGAUGCGCGAGGCGCGGUUCGACCGGCACUUCGUGCGCGACCUGGAGUGGUCCCGGCACCAGCUGCAGGAGCUCGCCGAGCAGCGGUGGCUCGCGGCGAGCCAGGACGUGGGCGUGGCGGCGGGGCCGCCGGGCGGGCGGGGCGGAGCGCGGUACGGGCCGACGCUGGAGGAGCUGUUCGAGAUGAUCAGGGUCGAGGACCUCUCGGGGCACAUGGGCAAGCUCCGGACGCCGCGCGAGCUGCUCAUCAUGAUGAGCGAGGUGCUGGCGCGCCUCGAGGCCAACCCGGGCGGGUCGCUCACGUCGCAGGACAUGGAGAUCUGCGUCAACAAGGCCAAGGAGCAGGGCGCGAUGUGA